CACACACACACAGACACACACUCUGUUCAGAAGGUGUUAGGUGUCUUAGUCCUCAUCCACCAGGUCCCAUUGUCUCCUGAUAUUGUAGCCUCUUGGUGACCGAGGCUGGUGAGUUGGAGGACAACUGAGAGAUGAGAAGCAGGGGUAGUGGGUUCCCCUUCCUCUGUGACUUGGGUCCUUUGGGGCAUUUUUGCAAAGGCUGGUCCUCUGAAUCCCGGUUUCCUCUUCCCAGGCCAGUUGUAAAUUGGGGUGGGGGUGUCUGCAGCUGUGAGGCCAGAUGCUGCUGCUCCUAUUGGGUUUUCCCUUUGGGAAAAUGUUUUCUUAUUUAUAGUAUUGUGCUUCCAGGGAAAGCGGUCACUUGUGUGUAUAUGUGUGUGCAUACACACACAUGCAUGUACACAUUGUGUGUAUGUGGAAAUCUGCUGGGCAAGUCAAAACCAUAGAAGAGUUGCCUCUUAUCUCUCAAAUCUUCCAGAGAUGUCACUUGUUACAGCUUUUGUGUUAACCCUCAUCAACCCCCACUUUUAUUCUGCCACUACUGGAGAGUCUGCUGGUGAUUCUCUGUGUCGGUUUCUGACUUUUAUUCUUCCCCCGUCUCUGUCUUCCAACCCCCAAUCAUAUUUCCAUCUGGAUGCAUCAUUUUUCCUCCCAGUAUGCUAUAGAGAAGGAGUUAGGAUGCUGUCUUCCCAUGAAUAGUACUCAGUAACAAACCAAUUGCAUUUUAGUUGGGCAAUGCCCCUACCCACCCUCAGACCCCUUCCAGCUAAAACCGUUCCGUCCUCCCACCAUGUGUUUCUCAGUUUCCCUUUUUGUUCGUUGGAUUGUUCCCAUGUCCCUCCUCCUCACCUUACCACCCUUGGAUCGUAAUGUAAAAUUCUUUUACCAUGUCAAGAAAUUAUUAAAAAUACAGGUACUUUGACCUCUUUCUAAAGCUGCAGACCCUGAUGCGAUGCUCUGGUGGCCAGGGACAUACCCACACUUACAUGUGUGCACAUUGGGACACCCACCUCCGCAUAUACCUCCAGCCACCCUAUUGGGUGUCUUUAUACAAACUGAGCUGCCUCUUUUCUCUGGAAUAAUGGAAAGGCUGAGGCUUCUGCCUACCAAGAGGCAAGGGUGGGUCCUUCAUUUGCCUUCAGUCUGAAUUAAAUGAAAGUUAGCUCUUCCCAAACCUAAGCUGCCUUCUACCCUCACAAGAUCCCAGCUCCUUCCUUCCUUCCUUCCUUCCUUCCUUCCUUCCUUCCUUCCUUCCUUCCUUCCUUCCUUUCUCCCUUCCUUCCUUCCUUGCUUCCUUCCUUCCUUUCUUCCCUCCUUCCUUCCUUCCUUCCCCAGUGAUACCCAUGAACUGCCAGUAGAGGCUGCUCUAGUUCCAUGUGUGGGGAAUCACCUGGUUCAAGGCACACCCGACCCCGUCAUUUUCUUUGCUCUAUACUAAACGUUCCUUCUGAAUAAUGUCUUAAGUUUCUUGCGGAGAUGCCAGGGACUCCUGGUUUUUGGUUUUCAAAUGAAUUGGAGGGCUAUCUAGGACCGUAGCUCCCUCUGAAAUAAAGUUUCCUUAACUUCCACCUUGCAGAGUAGCAUUCUGGUAUCCAAUGAUCUGGAAUCUGUUGCCUCUGCAAAAAAAGAUUUAAGGUCUUGAACAAUGGAGGAACAUAUGCUCUAUUCUGUCAGAGAUCAGUACCAGUAGCUGACAAUUUUUGAAUGCCUAUCCCGCGUCAGGCUGUUAAGCACUUUACGUGCCUGAUCGCAUUUACUCUCCAUGAAUCUCUAGGGUAGUUUUAUCCCUUCUUUAUAGGUGAGGACACUGAGACUUAUGAUAAGUAACUCCCCUCAGUCACACAGCUUAGGGACCUGCGAUUGGUGUACAAAUCUGACUGCUGUGCCCAGGCCUUCACCACUCCUUUCUCACCGACUAGAUGGAAGAGGCCUGAGACUGCAGGUCGAGGGCUUGGUCUUAGUCAUCUGGCAGAGCACAGUGCUUACUGCUGAACUGGGCAGUGGAUCCUGAAAAUACUGUGCGGGGAGUGCCUGCCAGGAGGUAGGAAAGUGGACAGUUAGAGCGGUUGCAUGUAGUACAUGGGACUUGAUUGGGCGUCUGAGAUUUGCAUUCUUCCUCAGACCCAUUCUGGGUGGAAGGUAGAGUUUAGUGUGUAUACAAAUGCCCUCUAAUCUGGUCUAAACGAUGGAGGUCGGUAGUGGCUACUGACUGUGCUGCUGGGAGGAGUUCACGGAUGGGGAGAGGCUACGCACGUGGAAGUAGUACCUUGAGCCAAACCACAGAACAGAAAAUUGGAGCAGAAUUAUGGAAAUCAAGGUCAGAAAUUUCCCGUCCAACCCACAGGGUGGAGUUUUCACUAUUCCUAUCCAUCCUACUGAAUAUAAGCCCUGAUUUGCUGUCAGUAACUAAAGGAGCAGCUGGUGGGACUCUUCAUUUCAGCUCUCGGCAUUCACCAUGAAUCUCAAGGUAGUCCUCGUGUUCCUGGCACUGUCCCUCAUUACCGUCUUUGCCCUGGCCUAUGUCUUGCUGACCAGCCAAGGUAGCUCCAGCCAGCCUCCCCGCUGCCCCUCUGUAUCACCAAGUGCCCAGCCCUGGACACACCCUGGCCAGAGCCAGCUGUUUGCAGACCUGAGCCGAGAAGAGCUGACAGCUGUGAUGAGCUUUCUGACCCAGAAGCUGGGGCCGGGCCUGGUGGAUGCAGCUCAGGCCCAACCCUCAGACAACUGCAUCUUCUCGGUAGAGCUGGAGCUGCCCCCCAAGGCUGCAGCCCUGGCCCACCUGGACAGGGGGAGCCCUCCGCCUGCCCGGGAGGCACUGGCCAUCGUCUUCUUUGGUGGACAACCCCAGCCCAAUGUGACUGAGCUGCUGGUGGGGCCGCUGCCGCACCCCUCCUACCUGCGGGACGUGACUGUGGAGCGUCACGGGGGCCCCCUGCCCUAUCACCGACGCCCCAUGCUGGGAACUGAGUCUGCCCAGAUGUGGAAGCAUUUGAAAGAGGUGGAGCUCCCCAAGGCACCUGUCUUCCUGGCGUCUGUCUUCAACUACAGUGGCUCCACUUUGGCAGCUCUGCACGCCACCCCUCGUGGCUUGCGCUCAGGGGACCGUGCUACCUGGAUAGCCCUCUACCAUAACAUCUCAGGUGUUGGGAUUUUCCUGCACCCUGUGGGGCUCGAGCUACUGCUGGACCACAGGGCCCUGGACCCUGCCCGCUGGGCUGUCCAGCAGGUCUUCUACCUUGGGCACUACUAUGCAGACUUGGGUCAGUUGGAAUGGGAGUUUAAGGCUGGCCGGCUGGAAGUGGUUAGAGUUCCUCUACCCCUGCCAGUUGGGGCCUCAUCGCUGCGAUCGCGGGUCUCCCCAGGUCCUCUUCCCCCUCUUCAGUUCUCACCUCAGGGCUCCCGGUACAGUGUGCAAGGGCACCAAGUGGCGUCCUCCCUUUGGACGUUUACCUUUGGCCAUGGAGUGUUCAGUGGCAUGAGAAUUUUUGAUGUUCGGUUCAAGGGUGAGCGAGUGGCCUAUGAAGUCAGCGUCCAGGAGUGUGUGUCUAUCUAUGGUGCCGAUUCACCCAAGACAAUGAUGACCCGAUACCUGGAUAGCAGCUAUGGACUUGGCCAUCACAGCCGGGGCUUGGUGCGGGGAGUGGACUGCCCCUAUCAGUCUACCAUGGUGGACAUCCACGUAUUAGUGGGCAAAGGGGCAGUCCAGCUGCUCCCGGGAGCUGUAUGUGUGUUUGAGGAGGCCCAGGGACUACCCCUCCGCAGGCACCACAAUCACCUUCAGAGUCAUUUCUAUGGUGGUUUGGCUGGCUCGGCCCUUGUAGUCAGGUCUGUGUCCUCUAUAGGCAACUAUGACUACAUUUGGGACUUUGUAUUGCACCAAAAUGGGGCGCUUGAAGGGCGGGUCCAUGCCACAGGCUACAUCAACACAGCUUUCCUGAGCGGGGGCGAGGAGAGCCUCCUCUUUGGGAACCGCGUUGGGGAGAGAGUGCUAGGGGCGGUGCACACGCAUGCCUUCCACUUCAAGCUGGACCUGGAUGUGGCAGGGCUGAAAAACUGGGUGGUAGCUGAAGACGUGGUGUUUAAACCUGUGGCAGCCCCUUGGAGUCCGGAGCACCAACUGCAGCGCCCACAGCUGACUCGGCAGGUCCUGGGAAGGGAGGACCUGACAGCUUUUUUCUUGGGGAAACCCCUUCCCCGCUACCUUUACUUGGCUAGCAACCAGACUAAUUCCUGGGGUCACCAGCGCGGGUACCGAAUCCAGAUCCACAGUCCUCUUGGCAUACACAUGCCCCUGGACAGCGACAUGGAGAGGGCCCUCAGCUGGGGGAGAUACCAGCUUGUGGUGACCCGGAGGAAGGAGGAGGAGUCACAGAGCAGCAGCAUCUAUUACCAGAAUGACAUCUGGACACCCACUACGGCCUUUGCUGACUUCAUCAACAAUGAGACCCUCUUAGGAGAGGACCUGGUGGCUUGGGUUACAGCCAGCUUCCUGCACAUCCCCCACGCUGAGGAUGUCCCCAACACAGCGACUCUGGGCAACAGAGUUGGCUUCUUGCUCCGACCCUAUAACUUCUUUGACCAGGACCCCUCCAUCUUCUCCCCUGGCAGCGUCUACUUUGAGAAGGGCCAGGAUGCUGGGCUCUGCAGUGUCAAUCACGUGGCCUGCAUCCCCCACCUGGCGGCCUGUGUCCCGGACCUGCCGCCUUUCUCUUACCAAGACUUGUAGCCCUGAGUGUGUGGUGGGCCAUGGGCGGGGCGGAGAGGGGGUGCCGAGACAUGUACCUUCCUCUCUGUUCCCACUCCCUGCUCCCCUGACACUCGACCCUUGGGAAAGCGCCUCCUACCACAUAAACCCCCAUAUAUCCUUUGGUUAAUUCUUAUUUCCAGUUCAUUUUUUUUAAAUGAUGAAUUUAUACAAAUGAUGUUGUUAUUAAAAUACUCAAGCAAAAACACCACAAAUCCUACCACUCAGAAACAGCUAGCAUUCACAUUUGGUGAAUGUUAUACCGGACAUUUCUUUAAUGCAUGUGCAUUGAAAUGGAAGAAUAGAUAGAAUUUUGUAGAAACUGAUGGUGUGUGUAAUUUAUAAUAAAAAGUAUUACAAGACUUCUACUUG